AUGAGUUUUCAAAUAAGAUAUAUAAUAUUAUUUAGUAAACGUUUGACACGUAAUAACUAUCCCCUAACCCAUGAGCAACUUUAAGAAGAUGAUUCCAGAAAAUCUAAGUAAAUUAAUCUAUUCCUUGACUUUGAUCAAAUACUAGAUACUCCAAAUGAAAAUAAGUAUUUCUAGCAUCCAUGUCUUAACCCAUUGAGUGGGAAAUGCACAGCUGAUGAAUAUUUUAAAGAGAUUUCAUACCAGAUUGAUCUCCAAGAGGUAAUGCCUUAAAAAGUAAGAGAUUCAUUCAACGGAUGCAAGUACUUACUAUAAGUUUGGGAUAAACAGUAACAUAUAAGCUAUGACAAUGGAAUAUUGACAGAGGCUAGUGAUAAUUUAUUAUAAGCAAUUACUUUGAAUGAGGAAAUAUUUGAUGAUACCUACACUAUUAUUGAUGCUUCAAAACAGAAAAUAAGAAUGAUAUAAACUGAAAUCAAAAUCUAAGCUUUACUUGUGCAUCAAUCAACAAUUGGAAAAGACUACUCAUUGAUAUGCUUUGAAACAGAUGAUGCAAUUCUAGACUUCAAUAAAAUUUUCUUUAAAAAUCUCGACUCUGAUGAUGACACACUCUUUAGCUAUUCAUUCGAAUAAUUAAGUGAGAUAACUCCAAGAAGAACAUUUACAAAUGAUCCAAUCAUCAAGAUGUGCAUGAUAUUCUCUAAUGGAUACAAUUACUCUGUUGCUUAAAGAGCCUCUGGAGGAAUAGAUCUUUAUUGGAAUUUCAUUUUGAAAGAAUCAAUCCAAGACAGACUUGCUUCUGACAUUGCUAUGACUAUUUCAUCUAUCUACUUCAAAAUGAAAGAUGGACUUUAUCUUUACAUUGAUCAUAAUAACCACUAAAAUAUCUCUUUUGGCUCAGCUAUUGAAAUCUCAAAUGAUAUGCUCAAUUUUGAAAUAAUCCAUUUUGAAGAGGAGAUUUUCGCCCUAUACUCUUUUGAAAUUUCUAAAAAUUUAGAUGGAAAAAACGAUAGUGAGGUAGAGGAAUAAGAGGAAUAGAAUAGCUUAUAAAUAAUCGAGAUAGAUCAGACUAAUGAUUAGAGAAAUGAAUCAUCAAUAAGUGAGAAAGAGAAUUAAGAUGAAGAUUCAAGUGAACCUACCUAUUCAGAUUAUUAGAUCAUUUUGAAAAAUGGAGAUAUACAUCAGAAGAUCCUAGAUAUCUGUGAAUAAAAUGAUGUUAUAUCUUCUGACAGAUGUAAAAUAAGGCUUUAAGGAAAGGUUUUGAGAGUUACUGAAGAUCUUGAAGAAUUUCGAUAUUUAUUUGUUGUCAUAAAACAAGAAAACUAAGACAUCUGCUUGAAAUAGGUUCGAGAUAACAUUGCAUAUGAUAAUGGAAAGAAAAUUUCUCUCUAUGAAUUGCAAGAUGAUGAAGGAGAAGGUUAAUCUUAAUAAAAACUCCUUCAUUAAUUCAAUGAAGCAGAAACUGUUUCAGGAAUGAUUCAUACAGCUUCCUCAUAUGAACUUGAAGAUCAUUUAAUCUUGAUGGAUGAUGUAAAUAUUUUUGUGUUGGACUUUAAAACUUCAAUCAAAAUUAGAGUUAUAUAAUUUGCCAGCAAAAUACUGGAUCAAAAAAUCCAGGACUAAGAAUGCUUGAUAUGGAAGCUUUAAUAAGCAAUGAACGACUGUUUGCUCCUUUACUCAAAGAUUUAUUGGUUGGAGCAAGAGUCAGCUUUAAUUAUCAUGCUUAUUAAGCGAGAUUAAGUACCACAUAAUCGAUCACUACUGCUUUGA